UACUCUGUUUACUCUCUCUCUCUCACACACAGUUACACACACAGAAUCUCUCUCUCUCUCUUAGGGUUUCUCCGUCCUUUUGUCAAUGUCCAUCCUAUAAGUUCAAGAGAGCAACCCUGACUCAUAGUCAACAUAAUUAGACUUAUCAUCUCUCUUUAAAACACCACCAAAUGUUUUAACACUUUCAUAUUCAUCAUACAAACACAAACAAAAUGGCAUCAUCAUCAUCACCAUCAUCCUCUCACAAUUUAGCUACAAUCGAGCCAUGGAUGUUCCGUUCAUCCUUUCCCGAUUCCUGGAUCUCACAAUCAUUCGAAAGAGAUAACCAAACUCUCACCAAAGCACUCCAAGUUUCUCUCUCAACUCCCCACCACCUCCAAACCAUUCCUCCAUCUAUCCCCAUCCCAAUUCAAUCCCCAUCUCCUCCUGGAAAUGCAAAACGGACUCUUAACCCCCCUAUCCCUCUUAAGAAGAAAUCGCGUAAAUCCAAGAGGGCUGCUACUACUUUUAUCAUGGCGGAUCCGGAGAAUUUCAGGCAGAUGGUUCAACAAGUCACUGGUGGAGGACAGGUCCGACCGAUGAAUGUACCUUUGUUGAAGCCGGAACCACAAAGGUUGUUUAAUUUGAUGCAGGGAUGUUGUUUACCCACUCUUGAUACCUCGGCGUUUCUUCUCGAUGAUAAAUAUCAGCCGCCGCCGAUGGCUGUUUCUUCGUCGUCGCCGUCGUUGAUGAAUCAUUCGCCGGCGGUUAAUUUUGACUCCUUUUCUUGCUUUCCCACCUUGGAGUCGUGGAAAGUUCUGUAAUCGAAUCAUGUUUUUUUUUCUUGUUUUUUUUUUUUUUUUUUUUGGAUGUUCAAUUAGUAGAAUGUUGUUAGCCAAAAAAAAAAAAAACAUUUCAAUUAGUAGAAUCAAUGAAUUAACUAAAUUGUGAUGUUUUUAACU